AUGGCGGGCAACGUGAAGAAGAGCUCGGGGUCGGGCGGCGGCGGCGCGGGCGGGUCGGGCGGGGCGGGGGGCGCGGCGGGCGGGCUGAUCGGGCUGAUGAAGGACGCCUUCCAGCCGCACCACCACCACCAGCACCACCUGGGCCCGCACCCGCCCGGCGCCGUGGACAAGAAGACGGUGGAGAAGUGCUGGAAGCUCAUGGACAAGGUGGUACGAUUGUGUCAGAACCCAAAGCUGGCGUUAAAGAAUAGCCCACCUUAUAUCUUAGACCUACUGCCAGAUACCUACCAGCAUCUCCGUACUAUCUUGUCAAGAUAUGAGGGGAAGAUGGAGACUCUCGGAGAAAAUGAAUAUUUUAGGGUGUUCAUGGAGAACUUGAUGAAGAAAACUAAGCAGACCAUCAGCCUUUUCAAGGAGGGGAAAGAAAGAAUGUAUGAAGAGAAUUCUCAGCCUAGGAGAAACUUAACCAAGCUGUCCCUGAUCUUCAGCCACAUGCUGGCAGAAUUGAAAGGAAUCUUUCCCAGUGGUCUCUUCCAAGGAGACACAUUUCGAAUUACUAAAGCAGAUGCUGCAGAAUUCUGGCGGAAAGCGUUUGGGGAAAAGACAAUAGUGCCCUGGAAGAGCUUUCGACAAGCACUUCAUGAGGUCCAUCCCAUCAGUUCCGGGCUAGAGGCCAUGGCCUUGAAGUCCACUAUCGAUCUGACCUGCAAUGAUUAUAUAUCCGUUUUUGAAUUUGACAUCUUCACACGACUGUUUCAGCCUUGGUCCUCUUUGCUGAGGAACUGGAAUAGCCUUGCUGUAACUCACCCUGGCUACAUGGCUUUCCUGACAUAUGACGAAGUGAAAGCUCGUCUCCAGAAAUUUAUUCACAAGCCUGGCAGUUACAUUUUCCGGCUGAGCUGUACUCGUCUGGGUCAGUGGGCUAUUGGGUAUGUCACAGCUGACGGAAACAUUCUCCAGACGAUUCCUCACAAUAAACCCCUCUUCCAAGCACUGAUUGACGGCUUCAGGGAAGGCUUCUACUUAUUUCCUGAUGGCCGAAAUCAGAAUCCAGAUCUCACAGGCUUAUGUGAACCAACUCCCCAAGACCACAUCAAAGUGACCCAGGAACAAUAUGAAUUGUACUGUGAGAUGGGCUCCACAUUCCAGCUGUGUAAAAUCUGUGCCGAGAAUGACAAGGAUGUGAAGAUCGAGCCGUGUGGACACCUCAUGUGCACAUCCUGUCUGACGUCCUGGCAGGAGUCUGAAGGCCAGGGCUGUCCUUUCUGCCGCUGUGAAAUUAAAGGUACUGAACCCAUUGUGGUCGAUCCAUUUGAUCCUAGAGGAAGUGGCAGCCUGUUGAGACAGGGAGCAGAAGGAGCUCCGUCACCUAAUUAUGAUGAUGACGACGAUGAACGGACUGAUGAUUCUCUCUUCAUGAUGAAGGAGUUAGCUGGUGCCAAGGUGGAGCGGCCUCCUUCACCAUUCUCAAUGGCUCCACAAGCUUCCCUUCCCCCGGUGCCACCUCGCCUUGACCUUUUGCAGCAGCGAAUAUCUAUUCCUUCAAGUGCUUCUGGUCUUGGUUCUGCUCCUAAGGCUGCUUCUGGCUCCCUUCAUAAGGAUAAGCCUUUACCAAUCCCACCCACACUUCGAGACCUUCCACCACCACCACCACCAGACCGGCCGUAUUCUAGCGGAGCAGAAACCCGGCCACAGAGACGCCCUUUGCCUAGUACACCAGGCGACUGCCCCUCCAGGGACAAACUACCACCUGUCCCUUCUAGCCGCCUUGGGGAGGCAUGGCUGCCUCGGCCAAUCCCCAAAGUACCAGUAGCUGCCCCAAACCCUAGCGACCCCUGGACAGGAAGAGAAUUAACAAAUCGACAUUCACUUCCAUUUUCAUUGCCCUCCCAAAUGGAACCUAAAGCGGAUGGGCACAGACUUGGAAGCACUUUCAGUCUGGAUACUUCCCUGAAUGUGAAUAGCAGCCCAUUAGUGGGCUCUGAGUAUGAACACCCCAAAAUCAAGCCCUCUGCAUCUGCCAAUGCCAUUUAUUCUCUGGCAGCCAGACCUCUUCCUGUACCAAAGUUGCUGCCUGGGGAGCAGUGUGCAAGUGAGGAGGACACAGCGUACAUGACUCCUUCCUCGAGGCCUGUGGGCCUUCCAAAGCCAGAGCUGAAGCGGUCUCUGGAGGCAGCCCAGAGCUCCCGUUCGGGAGAUUGUGAUGAGCAGGUGGAAAGCUGCACGUAUGAAGCCAUGUAUAAUAUUCAGUCUCAGGCGGUGCCCGCUGCCCCUGAGAGCAGCGCCUUGGGAGAUGGGCCACUGGCUUCAGCGCAGGCCGGUAUAGGCCCUGAGGAAUCCGAAAAUGAGGAUGAUGGCUACGAUGUGCCCAAGCCACCUGUGCCCGCAGUGCUGGCACGCCGCACUCUCUCAGACAUUUCCAACGCCAGCUCCUCCUUCAGCUGGCUGUCUCUGGACGGCGAUUCUGCACACUUCACCGAGGGUUCCCAAGUUCCAGAGCGGCCCCCUAAACCAUUCCCACGGAGAAUCAACUCUGAACGGAAAGCAGGGAGCUGUCAGCAAGGUGCUACUGCCGCCGCCGCUGCCGCCACCACCACCUCACUGCAGCUUUCCAGGGAGAUUGAGAGCCUCAUGAGUCAGGGUUAUUCCUACCAGGACAUUCAGAAAGCCUUGGUCAUUGCCCACAACAACAUUGAGAUGGCCAAAAACAUCCUGCGGGAGUUCGUUUCCAUUUCCUCUCCUGCGCAUGUGGCCACCUAGCACCAUGCCUCGGUGUAGCUUUAGCGGACCCUGUGCUGAACGCUCUCUCUUUCUCUCAGUCGCACCUCACGGGGCAGAGGCUCCUCUGGAGAUGGCGUAGUGAGGUCACGGCCCGUCUGCGGGGUACUGUGGUUCCAGGGUGUCAAGGCAGUGGGAUGAAAUGGAGCAGCUAGUGUGUUUGCU